CGGGGGAGCGCAGCGCUGCAUCAAAGAUGGCUCAUUAUCAACCAACAUUUUGUCCAUUUAGGAGUAAAAUUGUGAAAGAGUAAGAGAUAUCUCGCACGAAGAGAAGACGGAGAGCCGGUGGUAGUUGUCGCGAGCAGUGUUAGCACGCUCGUCGCACUACGCACCGCUAGCUCUCUCCGUGUCCCCUCAGAGCUAACAGCUAGUUAGCCUACACAGUAAAUAUUAGCUAGCCCCGCUAACGUUAGCUCGCCCACUGUUGAUUUGCUAAAAUGGCCACCAUGGAGAAAUUAAUGAAGGCCUUUGAGUCUCUGAAGUCAUUCCAGCAGCAGCAGGGACCACCGACCGCCGAAGAGCUCGUCCAGAGGCAGAAAAAGGAACAGGCUACCACAAAAAAGGACAGGGUCACCCACUGCCUGACAAUAUGUGAAAACAUUGUGGCUCAGUCUCUGAGAACGUCUCCAGAGUUUCAGAAACUGCUGGGUAUCGCCAUGGAGAUGUUCCUGCUCUGCAGUGAUGACAGCGAAUCAGAUGUCCGGAUGGUAGCCGAUGAGUGCCUGAACAAAAUCAUCAAAGCACUAAUGGACUCCAACCUGCCUCGACUGCAGCUGGAGCUGUACAAAGAAAUUAAAAAGAACGGUGCCUCUCGGAGUCUGAGGGCAGCUUUGUGGCGGUUUGCUGAGCUCGCUCACCUCAUUAGACCACAGAAAUGCAGACCCUACUUGGUCAACCUGUUGCCAUGUCUCAGCCGAAUCACCAAGCGACAGGAGGAGACGGUACAGGAGACUCUGGCUUCUGCAAUGCCCAAGAUCAUGGCCGCCUUGGGACACUUCGCCAAUGAUGGCGAGAUCAAGGUGCUCCUAAAGUCAUUCGUGGCCAACCUGAAGUCCAGCUCCCCCACCAUCAGACGGACAGCAGCCAGCUCAGCCGUCAGCGUGUGCCAACACUCCAGACGCACCAGCUACUUCUACACCUGGCUUCUCAAUGUGCUGCUGGGUUUGCUGGUUCCAGUGGAUGAGGAGCACCCCAGCCACCUGAUUCUGGGGGUGCUGUUAACCCUUCGCUACCUGAUGCCUCUGCUGCAGCAGCAAGUCAACACGACCAGCCUCAAAGGAAGCUUCGGAGUCAUGAGGAAGGAGGCUGAUGUUCAGCCGACACCUGAGCAGCUGCUACAGGUGUACGAGCUGACCUUACACUACACACAACACUGGGAUCACAAUGUGGUCACGGCGGCUCUGGAGCUGCUGCAGCAGAUGUUCAGGACACCUCCGCCAGAGCUCCUGCACAUUCUCAUCACCGCUGGCAGCAUCCAACACGGCACGGUGUUUCGCCAGGACACUGAGAGCCGUGCACGCUCGGGCAGCAUCCUCGAGUUCAUCGCGGGGGGAGGGUCUUCCUGCAGUCCACUCCUUCUCAGGAAACAGAGAGGUAAAAUACUUUCUGGAGAGGAGGAUGGGUUGGAGGAUGAUCCUGAGAGGACAGAGGUCACCACUGGUGCCUUCACAGCGUCAGUCGUUGGUGCAGAAGGCUCCUCUGCAGCCCAGGUGGACAUCAUCACAGAGCAGCCGCGCUCCUCCCAGCAUACCCUGCAGCCUGGCGACUCUGUGGACCUCAGUGCCUCCUCAGAGCAGGGCGGCGGCGGAGGUGGGACAUCUGCCUCAGACACUCCUGAGUCACCCAAUGACAAUGAGGAGGAAAUGCUGAGUCGGAGCUCUAGUGGCGGGGCCAAUGCUACUCCAGAGACGGCUGACUACACCACGCCAGAGAACGCUACGCCAGAGGGAGGGCCUUUAGGAGAAGGCGCAACUCUGCUAAGCACUAAUGACCGCUCACUUCCACCCAGUGACUCCUCACAGACGACCACGGAGGGACCAGACUCAGCGGUCACACCUUCGGACGUAGCAGAACUGGUAUUGGAUGGCAGUGAGAGUCAGUACUCUGGGAUGCAGAUCGGGACGUUACAGGAUGAAGAAGAUGAAGGAGCUGCACCUUCCUCCCAAGAAGAACCCCCAGAGCCCUUCCUGCAGUCAGCACUGGCUCUGAGCAAGCCUCACCUGUUCGAAGGCCGAGGUCACAACCGGCAGGGUUCAGACAGCAGCGUAGACCGCUUCAUACCAAAGGACGAACCUGCUGAACCCGAACCUGACAACAAGCCAUCAAGAAUAAAGGGUCCAAUAGGACAUUACACAGACCAGGGGGCGGAGCCGCUGGUGCACUGUGUACGGCUUCUUGCUGCUUCCUUCCUACUGACAGGACAAAAAAAUGGUCUGACCCCUGACAAGGAGGUGCGAGUGAGCGUGAAGGCUCUGGCGCUCAGCUGUGUUGGGGCAGCAGCAGCGCUGCAUCCCGAAGCCUUCUUUAAUUCCCUCUAUCUGGAGCCGCUGGACGGCAUUCCAGUUGAAGAGCAGCAGUAUAUCAGUGACAUCCUGGGCUUCAUUGACCAUGGAGACCCCCAGAUCCGAGGAGCCACUGCCAUCCUCUGUGCAGCCAUCAUACAAGCCGCACUCACCAAAACACGUUACAACAUACACACCUGGCUGGCCAGUGUGCAGAGUGCAACAGGUAACCCUCUGUCCCUGGUGGACUUGGUGCCUUUGCUCCAGAAAACUCUGAAAGAUGAAUCCUCCGUCACCUGUAAGAUGGCUUGCUCCGCAGUGAGGCACUGCAUCAUGACCGUCUGUAGCAGCACCUUGAGUGAGCUCGGCCUGCAGUUGUUGAUUAACCUCCUUGCCCUGAGGGACUCCUCCUAUUGGCUUGUUCGCACUGAGCUCCUGGAGACCCUGGCUGAGAUGGACUUCCGGUUAGUUAAUUUCUUGGAGAGGAAAACAGAGACUUUGCACAAAGGAGAUCAUCACUACACUGGGCGGCUGUGUCUGCAGGACAGAGUCCUUAAUGAUGUGGUCAUCCGUUUGUUGGGAGAUGAUGACCCCAGAGUACGUCACAUAGCAGCCUCUGCUGUCAGCAGGCUGGUUUCCAGGUUGUUCUACGACUGUGACCAAGGUCAAGUGGACCCAGUAGUGGCUAUUGCCCGGGACCAGAGUUCAGUGUACCUUCAGCUUCUGAUGCAUGAAACACAACCCCCCUCCCAGUUCACAGUCAGUACAAUCACAAGGACGUACAGAGGCUACAACUUGUCCAACAAUGUGUCUGAUGUCACAAUCGAGAACAAUUUGUCCAGAGUCGUCACCGCUGUCUCCCAUGCUUUUACCUCCUCUACCUCCAGAGCCCUGACUUUUGGCUGCUGUGAGGCCCUGUGCCUCCUGGCUGUAAAUUUUCCCGUGUGCACUUGGAGUACAGGCUGGCACUGCGGCUACGUUAGCUCCAGUAGCAGCUUUUCUUCCCGUUCUAGUCUCAACCGCAGCAGGGGCAGGACCCUCAGUGUUUCACAGCCCAGCAGUGCUCCAGCCUCUUCAACCACCUCCUCAUCUGCACCAGACACUGAGCGGAGGACUCUGACAGUGGGAAUGGCCAACAUGGUCCUCUCUUUACUCUCCUCCGCCUGGUUUCCACUGGAUCUCUCUUCACACCAGGAUGCGCUUUUGCUUUCUGGCAAUUUACUUGCUGCUGUGGCUCCUAAAUGCAUGCGAAACCCCUGGGCUGGAGAGGAAGAAGGCAGCAGUGGCAGCACAAACACUAGUGGAGGCCCGAAUAAGAUGGAGGAACCGUGGGCAGGGCUGUCAGAGCGCUCCCUUGUGGCCAUGGUGGAGCAGCUUUUCUCUCACCUACUGAAGAUCCUCAACAUCUGUGCCCAUGUGCUGGAUGACACGCCACCUGGACCCGCAGUUAAGGCCUCCCUCCCCUCCCUGAGCAACACCCCCUCACUCAGUCCCAUCCGGAGAAAAGGCAAGGAAAAGGAUGGUGCUGAGCCCAGUGUUGCACCAAUGAGCCCAAAGAAAAGCAAUGAGGUCAACACAGGCAGGCCAGCAGACAGCACUGGGUCGACAGCCAUAAACAAAUCUACCACCCUGGGCAACUUCUACCACCUGCCGCCCUACCUCAAGCUCUAUGAUGUUCUCAAAGCUACACAUGCCAACUAUAAGGUGACGCUGGACCUCCACAGUAGCCAGGAGAAGUUUGGAAGUUUCCUGCGAGCCACUCUAGAUGUUUUGUCUCAGCUCCUGGAGCUGGCCACACUACAUGACAUCAGCAAGUGUGUUGAGGAAAUCUUGGGCUACCUCAAGUCCUGCUUCUCCAGAGAACCAACUAUGGCGACUGUUUGUGUACAGCAGCUGCUGAAGACUCUGUUUGGUACCAACCUGGCUUCUCAGUACGAGGGUAUCCUGAGUGGACCAAGCCGUUCCCAGGGCAAGGCUCAGCGUCUAGGCUCAUCCAGCCUGCGACCAGGCCUCUACCAUUACUGCUUCAUGGCGCCGUACACUCACUUUACUCAGGCUCUUGCCGAUGCCAGUCUCCGUAACAUGGUGCAGGCUGAACAAGAGCAGGACACCUCUGGAUGGUUUGAUGUAAUGCAAAAAGCUUCAAACCAGCUGAGGUCCAACAUUGCAAAUGCAACACGCCACAGAGGAGAUAAGAAUGCUAUUCAUAACCACAUUCGUCUGUUUGAACCGCUGGUGAUCAAAGCUUUGAAACAGUACACGACCAGCACCUCCGUGGCCCUGCAGAGACAAGUGCUGGACCUGCUCGCCCAGCUUGUGCAGCUCAGAGUCAACUACUGCCUGCUGGAUUCAGAUCAGGUGUUCAUAGGCUUUGUCUUGAAGCAGUUUGAGUACAUCGAAGUGGGACAGUUCAGAGAUUCGGAGGCCAUCAUUCCCAACAUCUUUUUCUUCCUGGUGCUGCUGUCUUAUGAGCGUUACCACUCCAAGCAGAUUAUCAGCAUCCCCAAGAUCAUCCAGCUGUGUGAUGGCAUCAUGGCGAGCGGCAGGAAAGCUGUCACACACGCCAUCCCAGCCUUGCAGCCAAUAGUCCAUGACCUGUUUGUGUUGAGAGGCUCAAACAAAGCAGAUGCAGGCAAAGAGCUGGACACACAGAAAGAGGUGGUGGUCUCCAUGCUGCUCAGACUUGUGCAGUACCAUCAGGUUUUGGAGAUGUUCAUCCUUGUCCUGCAGCAGUGUCACAAAGAGAACGAGGACAAGUGGAAGAGAUUGUCCAGGCAGAUUGCUGACGUCAUACUCCCCAUGAUUGCUAAACAGCAGAUGCACCUGGACUCUCCAGAGGCGUUGGGAGUGUUGAACACUCUGUUUGAGACUGUGGCGCCCUCCUCUCUCAGACCUGUAGACAUGCUGCUCAAGAGUAUGUUCACCACCCCCGCCACCAUGGCAUCAGUAGCUACAGUCCAGCUGUGGGUGUCCGGUAUCCUGGCGGUGCUCAGGGUACUCGUCUCCCAGUCCACAGAGGACAUUGUUCUGUCACGGGUCCACGAACUCUCCCUCACCCCGCACCUCCUCUCCUGCCACACAAUCCGUCGCCUGCAUCAGCAGAGCCCGUCCCCGAGUGACCCACCUGCUGCCGAAACUCUUAGUAACCAGGAGCCUAAUGGUGAGGCACAGAAAGCCCUUCCCGAGGAAACGUUUGCCAGGUUCCUGCUGCAGCUGGUAGGAGUGUUGCUGGAUGACAUUUCCACCAGACAGGUUAAAGUGGACAUUACAGAGCAGCAACACACCUUCUACUGCCAGCAGCUGGGCACACUGCUCAUGUGUCUCAUACAUGUCUUCAAAAGUGGAAUGUUUCGCAGGAUCACAGCUGCAGCUAGCCGUCUACUGAAGGGUGAGGGAGGAGGCGGACAGACUGGCACUGAGGCCGGCCUGUUUUACCCCUUGGAGGGACUGAACAGCAUGGUGCAGUGCAUGAUCACCACCCACCCCUCUCUAGUGCUGCUGUGGUGCCAGGUCCUCCUCAUCAUCGACUACACCAACUACUCUUGGUGGACCGAGGUGCACCAGACACCCAGGAGACACAGCCUCUCAUGCACCAAGCUGUUGAGCCCUCACUCUUCUGGGGAAGGAGAAGAGGACAAGCCUGAGACUCGGUUAGCCAUGGUCAACCGAGAGAUCGUACGCAGGGGAGCCCUCAUUCUCUUCUGUGACUAUGUGUGUCAGAACCUCCAUGACUCUGAGCAUCUGACCUGGCUGAUUGUCAACCAUGUGCGUGACCUCAUCAGCCUUUCCCAUGAGCCUCCAGUGCAGGAUUUCAUCAGCGCUGUGCAUCGCAACUCAGCUGCCAGCGGUCUCUUCAUCCAGGCUAUCCAGUCCCGCUGUGACAACCUUAGUACUCCUACCAUGCUGAAGAAGACUCUUCAGUGUUUGGAAGGCAUCCACCUGAGUCAGUCUGGCUCCCUGUUGAUGCUGUAUGUGGACAAGCUGCUCAGUACACCCUUCAGGGUUCUCGCUCGCAUGGUGGACACACUGGCGUGUCGCAGGGUAGAGAUGCUGCUGGCUGAGACACUACAGAACAGUAUAGCUCAGCUGCCUGUGGAGGAACUGGACAGGAUCCAGGAAUACCUCCAGACCAGUGGCCUGGCUCAGAGGCAUCAGAGGUUCUACUCCCUGCUGGACAGGUUCAGAGCCACUGUUGCGGACACCAGCAGCCCCACACCUCCUGUGACAUCACACCCCUUGGACGGGGAUCCACCACCGGCCCCUGAGCUCGUCAUUGCAGAUAAGGAGUGGUAUGUGGCUCUGGUGAAGUCUCAGUGUUGUCUUCGUGGAGAUGUUUCCCUGUUGGAGACAACAGAACUCCUCACCAAACUACCUCCCGCUGACCUCUUCAACACCAUGAGCUGCAAGGAGUUCAACCUAAGCCUACUGUGUCCAUGCCUAAGUAUGGGGAUGCAGCGGUUAGCACGGGGUCAGGGGUCACUCUUGUUGGAGACGGCCUUACAGGUGACCCUAGAGCAGCUCGCAGGGGUCACAGGUUCACUUCCUGUCCCGCACCAGCCCUUCCUGCCGCCCGCCCAGCCAGAGCCCUACUGGAAGCAGCUAGCGGAUGUGUAUGAUGAGCCAGGUUUCUACCCCAGGGUUUUGUCGCUCUGCAGAGCUCUGUCCCAGUACCUGCUGAAUGUGAGCCAGCUGCCCUCCUCACUACACAUCCCCUCUGACAAAGAACACCUCAUCACCACCUUCACUUGCACUGCAGCUGAGGUGGUGGUGUGGCGUCUCCUCCAGGACCAGUUGCCCCUGAGUGUGGACCUGCAGUGGGCUCUGUCCUGUGUGUGUCUGGCCCUGCAGCAGCCCUGCGUCUGGAACAAGCUCUCCAUCCAGGAGUACACCACACACACCUGCUCCCUCAUUUACUGCCUACGCCUCAUCAUUGUUGCAGUGGCUGUAAGUCCUGGUGACCAGCUUUUGCAUCCAGAGAAGAAAAAGACGAAGGCAGAGAGAGACGCUGAAGGAGACGAAGUGGACUCGCCACAUGCUGACCACAUGUGCGAGUGGCAAGCGUGUGAGAUCAUGGCGGAGCUGGUGGAAGGCCUGCAGAGCAUCCUUGCCCUGGGUCACCAUAGAAACAGUGCAUUCCCAGCUUUCCUCACACCGACUCUACGCAAUAUUGUCAUCAGUCUGUCCCGACUGCCUCUGGUCAACAGCUACACCAGAGUACCUCCACUGGUUUGGAAAUUGGGCUGGUCCCCUCAGCCAGGAGGAGAGUACGGAACAACGCUGCCCGAGAUCCCUGUGGAUUUCCUGCAGGAGAAGGAUGUCUUCAGAGAGUUCCUCUAUCGCAUCAACACACUAGGCUGGAGCAGCAGGACUCAGUUUGAGGAGACCUGGGCCACACUGCUGGGGGUGCUGGUCACCCAACCCAUCACUAUGGACCAGGAGGAGGAGACACAGCAGGAGGAGGACUUGGAGCGUACCCAGUUGAAUGUGUUAGCAGUGCAGGCCAUCACCAGCCUGGUGCUGAGUGCCAUGACCCUGCCCACUGCUGGCAACCCUGCAGUCAGCUGUCUGGAACAGCAGCCCCGCAACAAGAGCCUCAAAGCCCUGGAAACACGGUUUGGAAGGAAACUUGCAGUGAUCAGAGGCGAGGUGGAGAGAGAGAUUCAGGCUCUUGUGUCGAAGAGAGACAAUGUGCACACAUACCACCCGUACCACGCCUGGGAUCCAGUACCCUCGCUGUCGGCAGCCUCAGCUGCAGGCACGCUGAUCAGCCACGAGAAACUGCUGCUUCAGAUCAACACAGAGAGAGAGAUGGGCAACAUGGACUAUAAACUGGGACAGGUCUCCAUCCACUCAGUGUGGCUCGGUAACAACAUCACCCCACUGAGAGAGGAAGAAUGGGGUGAGGAUGAAGAAGAUGAAGCAGACACUCCAGCUCCCACCUCCCCUCCCAUAUCUCCUAUCAACUCAAGGAAGCAUCGUGCAGGUGUGGACAUUCAUUCAUGUUCCCAGUUUCUCCUGGAGCUCUACAGUCAGUGGCUGAUCCCUGGUUCCCCGAGUAACAGGAGGACCCCAACCAUACUCGUCAGUGAAGUGGUCCGAUCGCUGCUGGCGGUGUCGGACCUGUUCACAGAGAGGAACCAGUUUGACAUGAUGUUCUCCACCCUGAUGGAACUGCAGAAACUUCACCCGCCUGAGGACGAGAUCCUCAAUCAGUACCUGGUGCCUGCCAUCUGCAAGGCUGCUGCUGUGCUGGGCAUGGACAAAGCAAUAGCGGAGCCAGUAUGUCGCCUGUUGGAGACAACCCUGCGCAGCACCCACCUGCCCAGCCGUAUGGGUGCUCUGCAUGGAGUGCUCUAUGUGUUGGAGUGUGACCUGCUGGACGACACAGCCAAACAGCUCAUCCCCACCGUCUCUGAGUACCUGCUGUCCAACCUCAGAGCUAUCGCUCACUGCGUGAACCUGCAUAACCAGCAGCACGUGUUGGUGAUGUGCGCGGUGGCGUUCUACAUGAUGGAGAACUAUCCUCUGGAUGUGGGAGCUGAGUUUAUGGCUGGAAUUAUACAGCUGUGCGGUGUAAUGGUGUCGGCCAGCGAGGACUCCACUCCCUCCGUCAUCUAUCACUGCGUGCUGCGUGGUCUGGAGCGCCUGCUGCUGUCAGAGCAGUUGUCACGUGUGGAUGGAGAAGCGCUGGUCAAACUCAGCGUGGACCGCGUCAACAUGCCGUCGCCACACAGAGCCAUGGCCGCCCUGGGCCUCAUGCUCACCUGCAUGUACACCGCGGUGCUCGCGUCAGGUUCAGACGUGACAGGGGUUAGAGGUCAGGUUGACUCUGGCUCUGCCGCAGCAGAGGCGUUGGGCGUCACGGCAGGUCAUGUCGGUUUCUCCUCAGGCAAGGAGAAAGCCAGCCCUGCCAGCCGCCCCGCCCACUCUGACCCUCAGGCCCCAGACAGCGAGUCGAUCAUUGUUGCCAUGGAGAGAGUCUCAGUGCUCUUCGACAGGAUCCGGAAAGGUUUGCCCAGCGAGGCUCGGGUGGUUUCCAGGAUUCUGCCCCAGUUUCUGGACGACUUCUUCCCGCCGCAGGACGUCAUGAACAAGGUCAUCGGAGAGUUCCUGUCCAAUCAGCAGCCGUACCCACAAUUCAUGGCCACGGUCGUUUAUAAGGUUUUCCAGACGCUCCACGCCACAGGUCAGUCCUCUAUGGUGCGAGACUGGGUGCUGCUGUCCCUGUCCAACUUCACUCAGAGGACACCAGUGGCCAUGGCCAUGUGGAGCCUCUCCUGUUUCUUCGUCUCUGCUUCCACCUCCCAGUGGAUCUCAGCUCUACUGCCACACGUGAUCAGCCGUAUGGGCUCCAGCGAGGUGGUGGACGUCAAUCUGUUUUGCCUGGUGGCCAUGGAUUUCUACCGGCACCAGAUUGACGAGGAGUUGGACCGCAGGGCUUUCCAAUCCGUCUUUGAGACCGUGGCCUCGCCGGGCAGCCCGUAUUACCAGCUGCUGGGCUGCCUGCAGUCCAUCCACCAGGACACAUCGCUCUGAGGGAGGCGGAUGAGACGGACACGAAGGCACAGAGAGAGGCCGGGGGGGAAUGAAGCACGGGGAGAAAAGUGGAUUAGAGUCAGAAACGUGGUAGGGCGAGAAAUUAGAUCUUCAUGUCCAUCUCCCCGUUGUGUUACGGUGGAGGGAAAACCAGAAUGUUUCAUUAGAAAAAUCUACUGUAGCCUCAUCCCUCUCCCUCCUUUACACUGAUGCGACCACUGAAUGAUGAAUUCAGUGGAGCGAGCGUAAAGAACAAACCAAGGGGAGAUCCCAAACCUCGGCAGUUUUAGGGCAUGUGUUAGGGACUGUGAAGGACACUGACUGCAGACUGUGGUUCUCUCUAUGACCACGUUCUCCCCACAGACCAUUCCUCGAGACGAAUGACAGCACCUUGAACGCCUCCCACCCAGCACCUUGAUUAAAAACAUAUAAAAAAAAAAGUAACAUUAAUCAAACACAAAAUUGGAUUUGUUUAUUUUCCUGUGAGGACUUGCUUGAGUGUUGUGAUGUCAGUCAAGUAAAAUAGAUAAAAAAAUAGAAAAUGCAAAUUAUUUACUAUAUUUAAAAGUUUCAAUGCAUCUAUUUUUCAGUGCGUUUUGUUAAAGAGAGCUUAAGGUCUGGUUAGGACACCGACAACGGGCUGACGCAGAAGGGUCAGAAAUGCCUGCUCAGUGUUGUGAAUUAGUAUCUUUGAAGAUCUUUUUUUAUAUUUAAGUUACUUGUGGUCGUUCUCUGACACACAUGAGACGAACGUUAAAUAUUUUAUGUGUAAGAAUGAUCACUAAUAGCCAUAGUUUUGUUUUUUUCCAGUGAGUAUGAGAGGAAGGAUGGUGUGAUUUGUCACUGCGGAAAGAGCAACUUGUUUGCACCCAUAACAGCAAGUUGCUAACAUUUCUGUAUCUGUGCAGUGGCCUGUUUGGAUGUUAUAUUGACUGGACAGAAUAAGACAGGGACAAAAUGGGAAAUAUACAAAAUACAACUCAUAUUCUGACAUAUUUUAACAGUUUAAGGGCCCAUAUACCAACAUGUAAGACGGUGAAAACUGUCAAGCAAGAAAAAUACCAAAAUUUCAGUGAUGUUGUCUUCUCUUUUUUAAUCAGUAGCAGGGGGGAAGCAUUUCCUCUUAUGAUUUUUAUCAUAGUGAUUAUCUGUCAAGUCCUUUUUUAAAAAACUGCAUUCAAGUCUUUUAUGCUCCCCCGUGCACCCGAAUACGUCCACCUGUCCCAUUUCUUGUACUUUUUUUAAUUCUCAGGAUGUAAGAUGUGACUAUUGUUGUAAUAAGACUGGAAGUCAUUUACAGUCAUCUUUAAAUGGAGUUCGUAUCUUGUAAAAAAAAAAAAAAGUAAUAUGAAAGCCAUGGUGCAUGAUAAAACAAAAACUGUGUAAAGAUGAAAGAUCUUAAAAAUAGACAGUAAGAUAAUGUGACGUAUUUUCUGUCUGUCUUCACGUACACAUGAUCCGAAAAUGAGAAAUCAGUGACUCAGCAGACCGCAGAAUGCAGAAAGCUCCGAGCUUAUAGUAUUUUAUUGAAGACUUGACCGUGAGUUGCCUGGGAGUGUGCUGGGCGGCGUUACUCUGUACAUACACUUGCCUUAGAUAAAGACUGAAUAUAUGUAUGUCCUGUACACUGAAAGCUUGAAAGCAUGCUUAGCAUUACUGCUAUUUUUCUUGCGUAGUCCUUAAUACUGUAUUUCCGUGGGUACGGUUGCCAUGACUGUUGUGUGGACGAGAUGCAACACAAUCCAAAGGGAGCCUUGUAAACCUUAGCGACCAACAGCAGCUUCGACAAAUCAACAGAUGAGGAAGUGUAGCGUAGUGAUGCCACGUGACAGCAGGAGGGUUGUUUUUUUUUUUUUUGUUUGUUUUUUUGAGCUUUAAAUAUUUUGUCUUGGAUAAAUAUUGGUAAAUAUUUCAUCAUUCAUUGUUUUGUGCAGAAUAUUAAAUAGCACUUAAAAAAAACUUGAAGUUCCUCUCAUGUUGCUGUUAGGUGCUUUCUUGAUAUGCAAUGAGUCCAACAGUACAUAAAAGUAAAAACAUCACAGUGAUUUGUUCGCUAAAUAUGUUCCCACUUUCUGACCCUCAGAGCGAUGUGACUGGCUUCCUUUUGAUCCUGUUAAAAUAAUGCAUUCACACAAUAAAUGACUCUGCAGCUGUCGUUAAAAUUCCAUUGUGAGGCCUCGCUGAAGUAGAUUAAUGAACCUGAAUGAGUCCUGUUUUACUCCGAAAAAGUCGAAGUCAGUUUGUGUGGUGAGAAAAAAAACAGAGAAAGUCCGAAAUCUAUUUUUCUGCACUACUGUUAAAGGAAAUAAUUCAAAAACAGGCUAAAGAAAAUAUUCUUUUCAUCUUGUUUUAUCUUCCCCUGGCAGGAGGAGAGCAAAAGACCGACUGGGGCCCCCUGCAGGGGGUAAUACGAUUACCCAGAAAUCUUUUGUGGUUUGGGUUGGUGGGCGUGGAGGUCGUGUACAAAGGUCAUGUUCAACUGAUUUAACAUGCUUCCUUUUAAGACUUUAUUUUUCUUCAACUCUGCGAAGAACUCAGAAGAUAAUAGUGGUUUUGGUCUUAUGAAAAAGCUGAGAAUUACUGCAGUUACGAUUUUUUUUCCUCCACAAAUCUCCUCACAUGCCGCAUAAUGUCAACUGUGUUUGCAAUGAGCAUCUUUAAUGGAUACCUCUUUUUUUUCUCCCUUUCCAGAAAUACAGUUUCCAUGAUUGUGAUUUAUACGCGAGUCUGAACAGAAGUACAGACUGCAAAUGAUGUGAUUCCCCCCUUACAGUCUCUUGAUUCUGGAUUCCUCAACAGGACCAUGGAGCCUCCUUCAUAUUUUCUCUUUAUUUUCUUUUGUUUUCUUUUUUUACAAUUGCCUGUAAAAAAUGAAGAGAUUGUGUAUUUCAGUUAAUUUUAAUACUUUAAAGAGAUUAAUCACUGCAUAUGGUCUGUUGUAGAAAUGAAUAAAUUAUUUAAAGAUGUUAAA